GCCUUUUACCUGUUCCCAUUUCACUCACUGUGCGAAGUUAGGGUUUUUGGGAGACUGAAACAAGAACAAUGUCACAGGGACAAGAGCUGGAGCAGGUGCAAUGCUUCGGCCGCAAGAAGACGGCGGUGGCGGUUACCUACUGCAAACGAGGUCGCGGCCUUAUCAAGAUCAAUGGUUGCCCCAUCGAGCUCGUCGAACCGGAAAUCCUCCGGUUCAAGGCUUUUGAGCCGAUCCUCCUUCUCGGGAAGAGCCGGUUCGCGGGAGUGGAUAUGCGAAUCCGCGUCAACGGUGGUGGUCACACCUCCCAGAUUUACGCCAUUCGUCAGAGCAUUGCCAAAGCCCUGGUCGCCUUCUACCAGAAGUACGUGGACGAACAGAGCAAGAAGGAGAUCAAGGACAUCCUCGUUCGCUAUGACCGCACGUUGCUCGUUGCGGACCCCAGGCGCUGCGAGCCUAAGAAGUUCGGUGGUCGCGGUGCUCGAGCCAGGUUCCAGAAGUCUUACCGUUGAGAGAGGAGGAAGGUGUUUUCGUGUUUUGUUUCGGUUCAUGUUUUAUGCUGUGGAAAACAAUUUUUGUUGGUGAAUUUUGUACGUCUAUAAUUUUGAUGGCUUUUGAUGGCUUUUUCUUAUUGGUUGGAUGCUCUGCUAUUUUUAUUCAAUAGGGACGAAUUGAAUUAUGGAAUAUAUUAAGAUGAAAUCUUUUGCCUUA